AUGACGACAAUGAGAGCAGUUGCCCGAACUCGUCAACCUACAAUUGAAAAGCACGCAGAUACAACGAUCGGCGCUGGAAACCUUCCGGACAAAUGGACUCUCAAAUGCCCAGUGGUGCUAGAAGAGGCGAUUUUCAUCAGCAUUUUUUUUUCAACGGAGAACCGGCAGUGCCUUUUCAAUCAACUUGUCGCUAGUCCCGAUUCUGUCAAUUAG